AUGGCAACUGGAUUAUCAACAUUGCCGCAAUUUUCUGUACACGAAAAUGCUGUCGACAUCAGAUGGAAAAAAUGGGUGAAGAGGUUGGAUAACCUAUUGGUUGGUAUGAACAUCAAAGAUAAAGACAGGAAACGUGCAUUUAUCUUACAUUUUGCUGGAGAUGAAGUCAAUGACAUUUUCGAUACUCUACCCGACACAGGCAACGAUUAUAAAACUGCUGUUGAAAGAUUAACAGAGUACUUUGUGCCGAAGAAAAACACAGAAUUUGAAGUUUUCAAAUUUCGCCAAACACGACAAAUGUCCAGUGAGAAUAUUGACAGUUUCCACACCAGACUGAGACAACUAGGACAAAACUGUGAAUUUGUUGAUUGUGACAAGGAGAUCAAAUCACAAAUAAUUCAGGGAUGCAGUUCAACCAAAUUUCGGAGAAGAGCGCUACAGGAGGACAUGGAUCUUCAUAGGUUAAUAGCGAUGGCCCGAAGUAUGGAGAUUUCACACCUACAAGCUCAGGAAAUUGAAAAAACUGAUCGUGCUUACCCACAGAGAGAAGACACGAACGCUGUAAAAAGAAAAUCAAAUGGCGGUUGGAGUAAACAGAACCGAACACACUCAAACAAGCCAUCACGGGUAUGUCGAAACUGUGGAGGAAAUAUUCCUCACAAUGAUAAGCCAUGUCCAGCAAAAGGGAAAGUAUGUCACUCUUGUAAAAAGUACAAUCAUUUUUCGAAAGUAUGCAAAUGCAAAUCGAAAAAACUUGUCAAACAAGUAGAAGACAAAUCAAGUCAACCAUGCAAUGAAAGUUCAUCAGACGAGUAUCUUUAUGGUAUACAGACAAUCAACCAGGUUAAAUCAAAACAACCUAAUAGUGCGGUAACUGUUGAUGGAUUGACUCUUAACAUCCUUGUAGACACAGGAUCAAGCAUCAAUGUCAUGGAGGAAACAUGCUACAACAAAAUCAGAAAUAAGAAAAAGCUACAGAAAGCAUCAACAAAACUGUUUGCGUAG